UAGUGGCCCAACAGCAACACAUACUCAGGAGAAAACAAGGGCACACCAAUUUUUUUAACAUUGCGUUGCGUUGCGUUCAGUUACUAUUACGGGGAGAGCAAAGAAUGGCAGUGGUGGUUCUGACAUUACAUUCAGUCAACAGCUGCAGGCUGAACUCAGUGAGAAUGAUGAUGAAGAUGGCUGCUGCCUCCACCGUCACUGCGCUCCUGCUCUUCUGCUCCCUCUUCGCCUCUGCAGACUCUCAGGAUCAAUGUGACAUCAAUGUUGCAACAAACGGGAACAUUACUGUGCCACUGAACCACCAACUGAAACCCUCAGAACGGUUGAUAUGGACUCAAGGCAAUACAGUGAUCCUCACACGCAGAGAGAACACAAAGAACCCAACAAACCUUUAUGAAAAUGGAUCCCUGAAGCUGACAAAUGUGAAAAAAAGUGAUGGAGGGCUGUACAAACCUGGGGUUUUUAUUGGUGGACAGGCAAUACAAAAGGAACUGAAAAGCAUACUUUUGUGUAUAAUUGAUCCAGUCCCAAAGCCUAAAGUGAGGAUUGAAUGUCCCAAAACCGGGAACAAAAUCCAAUUUAUCUGCGAGGUUGGUAAGAUUGCACCCAAAGAUGUCAGCAUUGAAUGGCAUCGCAAUGGGAAGGUAGUGGACAAGCAGAAGGAUAAAUCUUUGACAUUUAAAGCAGAUGAUGUGAUGACAGAUACCUUCAGCUGCAAAGUUACCAACCGCGUCAGCUCUAUGACGUCUGAAAGUCUUAAACAACCCUGCAUUUCGACCGGGUUUGUUUUCCCUGAAGAAGUAUUUGGAAUUAAUACCUGGAUUUUGGUGGCCAUUGGAGGAGGUGUUGUUAUGGUGCUGAUUCUCAUCAUCAUUUUUUGCUGCGUCCGGAACAGUCGGAAAAAACGCUUGCAACUGAAGGAUGAGGAGGAGCUUCGUUUGGGGUGGACCAAUCCCAACCAACAACAACAUCAUCAUCAUCAUCAUCACCAACAUAGUCAUCUUCCCGAACAACAACAUCCACAUCAUCAGCACCAUCAUCAGCAGCAGCCGGCCGGCCACACCGGUCCGCGCCAACAUCGCACCAAACAGCCGCGCAACCAGCAGCGUCCCAAAGCCCCAGACGUCCCCAACGAUCAGCCUCAGCCCAGCCCCAGAAGACCUGCACAGGCCCCCAGACCAGUUGAUAAUGAUGAUGAGCAGCCUCCUCCUCUUCCUCAGCCCAGGAAAAAAGCUCCCAAAACACCAAGAGUGUGACACCAUGUGAGUGUUGGAGUUUAGACAACGUAGUCAACUCCUCUUUUCACCUGCCCUUCUUAUUUUUUUCAUUUUCGUUCCAGAUUCACUUCUCUCCUCCCUACUUCUCUCUUGCUGUUUCUGUUUGACCGAAGAAGAUGAAUUCAUCCAAACUCAGUAAAGAAAAGGAGACUUUACUACUCUAUACCAUGAUUAUGAUUAAACAUCAUGAUUUCAUCAGGAUGUUUGAACAAACUAAUAGUUUUUUAAUGGUUGCUAAAAAAAAGCAAAUAGAUGUUUGUUAACGCUGAACUCAAACUAUGACCCUUUGGAAGCUUUAUUAUGACAAGAACAAACUUAGACUGCCCUCAUUUGUAUGACACUGUAUGUCUGUGGAUUUAUACUUUAACUAGUAAUAUGUCCUUUUUCUCAAGAUAUCAAUUAUCUCAUCAUUACAAUUUAGGUAGUUUAUUAUGGCCAUCAGAACUGUAACCUUGUUCGAUAAAAAAGUAACUUUCCGUGAAGAGCUACCUCCUUUUCUCCUAUUUUCAUCUAUCAUUUUGUCCUGUUCUCCUCUGUCUGUUCUUUUCAAGAAUGUUAGGGAAAUUAUGGGGUACAGAAAGGUCAUUAUUACAAAAAAUACUCAGUACUUAGUUUUUUUCCAGGCCGCAAAAAAGAUUGUCAUUGUACAUUUGUAAGCACCUCUUUUUAAUUAAUUUUGUAAAUGUGUUGUGAACUGAUGACUUUUUUUUGCCUGACAAACUAUGUUUCAUUUAUGCUUUAUUUUUGGAAACUUGCUCAUCGGUUGUCGCAUAUGACACAAAUUUUUUCCGAAAGCACAGACGAUAUUAUAUUAUAUAUUAUUAAUAAUGUCAUACAUGUGUUCAUAGACAUAAAACAUACAAGGAAUCAUAUUGCUGUGCUCCUCCACUGUCAUUCAAUGUUGCAUUUAACUUUUUGUGUAGUAUUAAAAUGAGUGGUAUAAAUUAUGGUGCAACUUUUCCAGUGAAAUAAAAGUGGGGGAAAUGAAUUCAUACUGCGUCAUUUUCACCUCCGCAGCUCUGCAGCUAUGUGUGUGUCUCUGUGUCACUCACAUAUCCUGUCUGUUUUAGCUGAAAAUGUGUUUGUGGUUUUGAGUGUGUUCGCUGUACGUGUUGAGCUACUGCAAGAUGAUUAUCUAGUGUGUGUGUGUGCAUUUGUGUCUACCGGAGCUCUACUUGAAGCUUUAUAAUAGUUUUUAACAUAUGUGUUAGGCCCAAUAAUUUUAUACAUGAAUUAUAUUUGUUAGGUUUGCAGAUGAUAUACAUUUAUUUAGUUGCAUUCACACCUCCUAAGAGUUGAUUUGAACAAACUGUUAAUUGAGUUUAUGAUUAAAUUCAUAAAGCCUACUUAUGAUAAUAAAGAUGGAUUUGAAAGUCA